UUUUCCGCUUCAAACAUUUAACAAUGGCGAGUACACGGACGCUCGUUUGGACAGACGACGAAGUUGAGCUGCUCCUGCGGGUGACUCUCGACUACAAGAAUACCAAGUCCCAGGAGAAUAUCUACUGGGAAUCCUGCCAGUCGAAAUACUACGACAUCUACCGCGAAUACGUGGAGCAGUAUCCGGCGUGCAGCCAGGAAAACGGCAAAGACUUUCCACACGAAAGCGUUAUAACAAAGGCCCAGGUAACGUCCAAACUAAAAUGCGUCAGAGGAAAAUACAGGCAGGCGGUGGACUCCGGGCGUCGGAGCGGCCACGGCCGCGUCGUGCUCAUCUACUACGAUCUCUGCCAACAAAUAUGGGGCGGGCCGCCGUCGACCAGCUCCCUGGAAGUCGGCCUUGAGACCGCCGAUCUGCGGGUCGGCGUCAGCGACAACACGGCGACCACCUCCCGGAGUUCCACGCCGCUGUCGGAGUUCGGCAACGGCAUCACCUACGCCCCCAUCUGCUCCCCGGAUCCGCCCGAGGUCGUCCGGGAGCGGCGGGACGGGAUCGUGCAGGCGAAGCUCUCCAAUCACAGGAAGGACCGGCUGAAAAGGAGAGGCCACUGGGAGUCGGCAGUGGAUGAAGACCUCCGACUGAAGAGGCGCAUUGUGGACAUUUUGGAGGAGUCUGAGAGGCGUAACAACACGAGACUCGACCAGAUCGCACAAAAUGUUUCCACUAUAACAGAGACUAUCAAGGAGGGCUUCUCCCUUCUCUGCACAAUGAUGCAGACGCAGCACGAUGAUGGGAAACCAAGAGAACCUUUUAAAACAGAGUCCGAAUUUUAAAGCCUGUGAUCAGAAAUGUAAACACAACAUGAAAAUAAAGUUCAUCUCUGCACCCAUAAGGUCAAUGUGAAUAUUUUAGGCAUCAAAACAAAGUGGCACAGUGCUAAUGUCCAAAAUAUUGCAAGUAAAAAUCACAUUUAUUCAUGUAUAUUUGUUAUUUUGUUUGGUUAAUGUACUUUGAGUUGUAUCUGAAACAUGUAAAAGUGUCUUAUAUGUUCUUCUAACCAAGAUUCUCCUGUAUAAUUUGAUGUAUAACAAUAUAUUCAGUUUUUAUGACAGCUUCUCUGUCUGCUCCUUUAUUUUGAAAGGGGUUGGUUUAAAUUAUCUUACCACUUCCUAGAAAUUAAUGACUAAACUGGCAGUAAAACAUUGCAAAAAAAUAGAAAUUAAAAAGCUGAGAAGAGGCUGGAAAAAUAGUAUUAAAUAGUGGUAAAGCUGGAGAAGUGUUCUGGAACAAGUUCAACUAAUCAGCUACAGGUCAGUGACAUGACAUGGAGGGGAAAAAAAAGUUUUUCUACAGUAAAAAUGAACAUUGUGAAACAAAAACGGAUAAUUUUAUCAUCCUUCCAGUGUUCAUGAUAACGCUGAAGUGCCAGUUUGAGGUCCUGGUGGUCUUCGGAUCACUGCGUUUAGUCCGAGCUCGACUCUGUCCUGGAAACUGAUACUCGGUUCAGGAAAUGACUGUCUGCGAAGGCGCUUCACCGUAUGACCCACAAACACAAACCAAAGCCGUGUCGUGCGAAGAAGAAGCUGCAUGAAGUGUGUCUGGACGCAGCAGGCCUCUCCUCUUCACUGAAGCUCAUUUAAAAUGGACUGAGGCAAAAAAGAACAUUUUAUAAAAUCAGGCUGAAGAA